AUGUCAUCACCACUAACUCCAAAGCGUAUCAAAACCUCAGCUUCCGCUAAUAAUCCUGCUCGUUCGUUGGCUCAGCAACAGGCACAUAACAACGAACAACCUGCUACUUCGCCUGUUGCUGUUCCCACACCUGCCUCUGCCCCGCCUGUGUCAAUGUCUCCUCAGACUACACAACCUCAGCAAUCCGUGAACCCCCGCAAAAGGCGUUCAUCUCCGUCGCGUUCGUCUUUUUCUGUCAUGCCUGUAGCUCCCACCGCAGAUACGGGGGUUGCCCCUCAGGACCCGAUAGAGGCCUCGCCCAAGAAAAAAGGCCGAACCAACACCCCAUGGACUGCAGAAGAGGAACAGAGGUUGAAAGUGAUGCGCGAUGCCGGCAAGAGCUGGAGUGAGAUCGCCAAGACCUUUCCCGUUCGAACUGAAGGAAGCGUAAAGAAACAUUGGUACAAGGACAUGCACUAUGCAGAAUUUGGCGAAGACGAAUCGAUAGCUUUGCGCGAGGCCAUCAAAGAAUACGAAUCCAACAAAUGGAAAGUUAUCGGACAAAAGGUUGGGAAACCUGCAAAGGCAUGUGAACAAUACGCCAAAGAGCAUUUUAAAAACCUCUGA